GGGGAUGGAGGGAGGGAAAGGGAGCCCCCCUCGAGCCGAAGCGGCUGCUCCUCUUCCGUCCCGUUGGUGGCUGGUCUCCACCGAGCCCGGCCCCAGAGGCCGCACCCAGAGUGACCUCUCUGCCUUCAGUUCCCUCCGAAACAGCCACCUGCUCCGAGCCCCUCUCUCCAGUUCAGUUGAUGGGAUAGACAAGGCAUCAAUUGCAAACUCAGAUGGACCAGCCCCAGGUUCCCAAUCUCCUCCUUUCAAGAGGAAGGGCAAAUUUUCUACCAUUGGUAAAAUCUUCAAGCCGUGGAAGUGGCGAAAGAAGAAGACAAGUGAAAAAUUUCUUGAAACAUCAGCAGUGCUGGAACGAAAAAUAUCAAUGAGGCAAAGCAGAGAAGAACUGAUAAGAAAGGGCGUCCUGAAAGAAAUAAGUGAGCAAGAUGGAGGUGUAACAAUAAAUUACGAAAUCUCAAAUGGCCAUACAGUAGUAAUCACUGAAGAAGCCAUACAAGAAGAAAAUGUCAUAAGGACUACAGAAGACAAUAACUCCAUAUCAACAAAAGCACCAGCUCUUGAGGAGAGAAAAGGGGGUAAGAAAGAGAAACCUCUUCCCAAAGGUCCUGAAACCUCAACACCCCAUGUUCCACCACCUACUAAACCUAAGCCUAAAGCUAAAAAAGCAACCAUACCUCCAAAAAGCACUACAGCUGCUACCACUAGCCAUAAGACUAAUGACGUGCCACAUGCUAAAAAAAGAGGCAAGGCUUCUGCUAAGCAGGCCUCUGCCUCUCCGUCCAAACCAGCAAGCCUCAGUGUGAAUCGAGAAGCUGUUCUGAUUUGUUUCUUUGUGUGGGUAUCCAGUUCUGUUAACAAAGACAACCAGGAAAAUGAGAGUCCUAACCAAGCAAGUCCUGCACCAACAGAUGAACUUUCUGAAGCCCUGAAUACUUUAAAAAGUGAAAGCAGCAAAGAGAAUCACACUAGUGACUCAGAUUCAGAUGGACCUAUACUCUACACGGAUGAUGAAGAUGAAGAUGAUACAAGCAGUGAAAGUUCUUUAGCAAGUAAAAUACGCCGUAGAGAUACUCUUGCAAUCAAACUUGGCAACAGGCCAUCAAAAAAAGAACUGGAAGACAAAAACAUCUUGCCAAGAGCAUCUGAAGAGGAGAGGCAGGAAAUUAGACAUCAGAUCGGCACAAAACUAGUGAGGAGACUUAGCCAGAGGCCUACUUCUGAAGAAUUGGAACAAAGAAACAUCCUGAAGCAAAAAAAUGAAGAAGAGGAGCAAGAAGCUAAAAGAGAACUAAAGCGCAGUCUCAGCAGAAAGCUCAGUUUGAGACCAACAGUGGCUGAACUUCAAGCAAGAAGAAUCCUUCGCUUUAAUGAGUAUGUGGAAGUAACAGACUCUCCAGAUUAUGAUCGUCGUGCUGACAAGCCCUGGGCAAGGUUAACACCUGCAGACAAGGCAGCAAUACGAAAAGAAUUAAAUGAAUUUAAAAGCACCGAAAUGGAAGUGCAUGAAGAGAGUCGACAGUUUACAAGGUUUCACCGUCCAUAAUUGUUUGAAAAUAUCCUGUAGUCCAGACACAACUUCCUUCUUGGGAAAAGCACAUAAGAUCUGAGAGUGCACUGCACCUGAAAUGACUGUGCCAGGUUAACCUGACAUCACUGAAUGAUACAAUCUUCACCUUUAACAAAAGGCAUGACUUUGGAGAGACCCUGAGUGAGAAGUAGGACCCCAGAGAAGAAAUGAAACAGCCUAUGGAGACCUUCUUGCUGGCUAUUGUUUUGUUUUGUUUUGUUUUGAGAUUAGAACCUGGCCAGAGGGAAAGGGGAAAUAAUUUUUAAUAGGAGGUAAUAAAAAAAUACAGUGGUGCCUCACUUAGCAAUGUUAAUUUGUUCCAUCGCUAA